AUGCUAAGUGCUUUAAGAUUUAUCAAAAGAAUUGACAUAUUUGGAGCUGAAGUUGGAUUAAAAUAUGAGGGACAAAAUAAAUAUACAUCAAGACUUGGAGGAUUUGCAACUUUGAUUGUAGGAUGCUUAAUUAGUGCCAUAUUUUAUCAAUAGUUCUACUAAAUCUAUAAUAGAGUUAAUUCAAAUUUAAUUUAUGAGUAAAAUUUUGUUGAAAUACCAAGAAGAUAUAACCUAACUACCCAUUAAUUUAGUUUUAUGAUUGGACUUUAAGAUUAAAAUACUAAUCCUGUUAUAGAUGAAGAUAUAUUUACAAUUGAAGCCAUUUUUUAGUUUAAAAAACCUAUUGUGUAAAAUGGUACAACAACUUAUGAAUUAGUAAGUAAUAAAGUUCCAGUGGGGCCUUGUACAGAAGAUGAUUUUUAAGUAGAAGAUAUUAAAGGUUACUUUCUCAGCUAGCCUUAUUAAAAAUAUUAUUGCUUAAAAAAUUAAAAUGAACUUUAUCUUGAAGGGUAAUUUGAUCAAAAUUUUUUUUCAGUUCUGUAAUUUAAAAUUUCUGAAUGUAUUGAUAAACCUAGUUGCAAGUCACCUGAUAUAAGAUAAUAGUUUAUAAAAACUUCUUAUGCAUAAAUCUAUUAUACAGAUAGAAUUGUAUAAACUCAAAAUUUUGAGUAACCUUUUAAAAAUGUUGGCAAAACUUAAUACUAUAACAUUUUUUAUGAUUAUCUUUAGUAAAGUAGUUUUGUUUUUACAAAUACUAAAAUUUCAGAUGACAUAGGUCUACUAGUUGAGUCUUUGAGUAUUUAAACACAGCUUUAGUUUGUGAAUGAUCGCUAUUAACUUUAAUCUAAAACUACAAAUGAAUUUUUUGAAAUCUCAAUAUACUUAGAUAAAAAUAAAGAAAAUAGCUAUUACAGAUCUUACAAAAAAAUUCCUGAAGCACUUUCUCAAUUGGGAGGAAAUUUUUAAGUAUUAUUUUUUUUAGGUUGUUUAUUUAUCUAGCCAUACAACUUACUCAAACUUAAAAACAGACUUCAUAAAGAUAUAUUUUCAGUAGAAAAUCAAAAUUUAAAUAAAAAAGAAUCAUCUCCAAAAAGCAACAAAAAGAGAAAAAAUUCAUCUUUUAAUUUCAAAGCAUAAAGUACAAUUUAAAAUAUUAUAAAUUAGUCUUAACUUGAUUACAUUGAUGAGGAAAAGAUACCAGAUUAAGAAUCAAAUAAAUUUUAAUUUAUAGAAAAACUAAAAGAGUUUUUGGGAAUCGUACCAUAGUAUAUUAAGCAGUAAUACUAAGAAAUAGAAAAUAUGAGGAGUAUUAAAACAAUAAUCAAUACUUAAAUUUAGUUUAUCUUUCUCAAAAAUUUAUUUUAUUAAAUAGAUUUUUUAAAAAUUAAGUUAAUAAAUCAAUAAUCUUAAGUUUUUGACAAUAAAUCAAAGAAUCUCAUAGAAACCUGCUCAAAAGAAAAUAUAUUUUUCAAUUAAUCUAAUAUUUUUAAAUAAUACAAUAAUCAGUCCUUCAGCAAUUUGAAAAUGUUAAAUAUAAAUGACUUUAACAUUAAAAAUGAUAAAAUAGCUGAUAUGACAGUUCAUUCUCUAAUAAAAAAUGAGGAGGAUAACAGUAAAUUUUUUAGUAAAUAGAAUUCUCCUCUAUUACGUGAUAUCGGUUCCUCUAAGAAAGAUGAUGUAAGUCCUGAGAUUUCAUCUAAAUAGUUUAAAUUGUCUUAAAAUUUUGAUUAAAAUCAAGAAAAAAACAAAUCUGAGAUUGAUGUAGAAAGUCAAAGUCCCUCUAUCUAAGAUCUAGAAAGCUACAUAAAAAUAUUUAAUUCGAUUAAAAGUUUAAAUAAAAAUUAAUUUUAAAAUUCAAUAGGUUAGUUAAAUAGUAAAGACAUAAAAAACAAUUAAAGUACAAAUUAAAAAUAAAAUUAAUGA